AUGGAGACGGCAACUGAAGUGCUUCUGGAAGAAGUUACAAGGGGAGCGAUUAGAUUAGCGGUUCGGUUUGACGAGAUUAGGUUGGAUUUAGAGGACGAAGAAAACGAGCAGAGGGAAAGGAUUAAUGCGCGACUGGGAAGUGUGGAGGCAGUGAUGGAAGGUUUGAAGGAGAGAGUGGUCGCUUUGGAAGCAAUAACUAAAGCCAGUAGAAGUAGCAUUAAUGAGCGGAUGCUUAAGUUAGCUUGUGAUACGGGUAGAAGCAGAGAAGGAAAAGGAGGUCACGGCAUUGAGAGCGCGAUUAUCCGAGGCAGAGACAGCGCUGGUACAGCAGAAGCGAGAAGUGAUUCAGAUUUGGGAGGCUAUUACAUUGGCUUCUUGUCAGCAAACGACCGAUGCGGAUAUUAA